AUGGACAACACCUCCUUGUCAGCAAGCAACCAGUAUUUUGCCGACGCAGCCACUUUGAAUGGAGAUGCAGCCUCGGAGACGUAUGACAAACAGGGCCUGACAGAUCAAGAGAAGCAACGGCUUACACAGCGUCGCAACAUUUUGAAAGAGCUUGUCGACACAGAGGCGGUUUUCGUACGCGAUAUGAACAUUGUAGAAGAGAUCUACAAAGGAACGGCAGAAGCUUGCCCCAAACUCGAUGGCAACACUGUGAAGCUUAUCUUCCGAAAUACGGAUGAGAUCAUCACGUUCCAUACGGCCUUCUUUGCUCAGAUCAAGGAGGCAGUACUCGCAGUGUAUACCAUGCAGGGUCGGCGAUCAGCGCUUGCCAGGGAAGGCUCCGUGAUGACAGAGCCUUCGCAGUUCAAUCCUGCUGAGGUUGAUGAUUCCAAGGAUCGCUCUGUCCUAAUUGGUCCUGUUUUUAAAGUAAACAUGGAGAGUAUGAAACUGGCACAUGAAGGGUUCUUGAGGAACAGCGAUGGAGCAGCAAAGCGACUCAUCGACAUACAAAUGGAUCCCACAGUCAAGGUGUGGCUCAACGAAUGCAAUGAAGUUGCAAAAGACUUGACAGCUGCCUGGGAUCUAGACUCUCUCCUGAUCAAGCCGAUGCAGCGGAUUACUAAAUAUCCCAACCUCAUCGGAUCGCUGUUGCAUCACACCCCUCCGGACCAUCCUGAUCACCCAUAUCUUGUUGAGGCUAAAAACCUUAUCGAGGAAGCCAUUAUCGAAAUCAACAAGACGAAAAAGAACUUUGAACUUGUGGGUCAGAUCGUAGGUAGGAAACGAAAGGAAUCCGAUGUCAAAGCAGGUUUCGCACGAGCCUUUGGUAAAAGAGUCGAUAAACUUCAAGCGUCAGGUGCUCGCCCGACUGAUGAUACUGAGUAUCAAAAGCUUAACGAGCGGUUCAGCGAUGAUUACCUACGCCUCCAGGUUGUUCUUAGGGAUGUCGAGUUCUAUACCAGGCAAGUGUCGGAGUAUGUGCAUGAAUUCUUGCAAUACCUCUCCUCCAUCGAGUUGGUCAUGCGGCUUCAGCCGGGAAAUUAUCCUGAGCUCGAAAGCAAGUGGGUUCAGUUCAAUAUCUCUAUACGAGAUCUCGAAAAGGUUGCACUUGAGGAUCAUUUGGCUCAAGUUAGGAAAAGUGUCAUUGAGCCCUUUGAGCAUGUCAUCAAGGCUUACGGCAACCCAUCACUGGCAAUGAAGAAGCGCCAGAAACGCCGUGUCGACUUUGAGCGGUAUGAGCAAUUAAAGCGCGCAGGCAAGAGUAUCGAUGCGAAACUCAAUGAACAGGUCGAGCAGUACGAGGCUUUGAAUGACACCCUUAAGAAAGAGCUUCCGAAAUUGUCUUCUUUGACUGAAAAGGUGGGCCAUAUUUGUCUAGGCAACUUCGUCAACAUUCAAACGGCUUGGUAUGGCAUCUGGAAAGACAAGAUGAAAGUGGUUUUGGGCGACUGCCCCGACAUGCCAGAUCUGAAGGAAAUCGUGGCGACCUUCAACCGGGAGUUUCCUUACGCUCAAGAACAGCUAUCCAAUAUCGGUAUCCUCAAUCCUAUGUACCGAGGCCGGGUUUCCCAGUCGACUACACGGAGUACCGAUGAGUCGUCAUCUCUUAUGAUGCGAUCACGUCCAUCUGAGAGUGGUUCACGAGGUCGAGGCCUCUCAUGGCUCUUAUUCGGCGUCGCCGACUGUGAUUACGGCUGGAAACAUUCCUAG